AUGCAGGCCGGUGAGCAGGAUAAUGGACCUAAGCUGGGGGCAGAGCAAGUGCUACAGUCUUCAGGAGAGCAGUUGGCACAGUCUUCUCGAGAGCAGGUGGCACAGUCUUCAAGAGAGCAGGUGGCACAACCUUCAGGUGAGCAGGUGGCACAACCAUUGCAGGACCAGAAGCCUGCCUUUCCGCCUGAACCUCCACCAGUGCUGGGACAUGCAGGGGCUGUUUUCCCUCCCGAUGCCAGUGACUUAGGUGGCAGCUUGUCUUCAGGAAGUUUCAGCCGUGUGAGUGCUAUCAACAUGUCGGGUUUCGAGUCGGCCCUCGAGCUGUCAAUGCUUGAGCCCGAGUUCCCAGAGGAUUGGGAGGAUGCCUAUGUUGUCCCUGGUCUUUCUUCAGAAGUUGAAGCUCAGGGUUCCCUUAACGAUAGCCUCGUCAGCGAUGAGCGAUGCUCGCCAGAUCCUUCCUGGGGAUCUCACGAGCAGGGGUCUGUCGGGGCCCGUGGCGACGAUCUUGCUGUGCCUCUUGGGGAAGGCCGGGAGGUAGGCAGCAGUCGCAGCCGAUCGGAACGUGCCGACUUCACUUUGCAGCAAGCACAUGCUCACGAUGCCUUGGGUUCUUUUGUGGGAAGCUUGGUGAAGGGCGAUGUUGCAAGGUAUGGGUCGUCGUGCAGCGACCAGAAGCUCCCUUGGGAAAAUGAUUUCGCUAGGAGGCUUCUUGAUCCAGAUUGUGAGUGGGAUCCCUUGCAAGGGUUUAAGCAAGAAUCUGUGAUCCCGCCACUGUCCGCUGCUGCACCGUCGGAGAAACCGACGAAAGCCGCGACUAAAGAAGCACAGCCUGGGGCAGUUUUUGCCUGGGCGAUUUCUUUGGGUGCAGCUGCUAGGGAUCCGGCUGCAGAAAGGGAGCGAAAGCUUGACCAAGGUAUGGAACCGGAGUCGGAAAUCUCCUCGUGCGUUUCCUCUGCAGUCGCAGUCUGGAACUUCGUGCAAUACCUUAAGAGGUUUGCUCAUUUCGUGCUGGGGUUUAAAGUCGAGAGCGUCAUCGAGUCCAAGAGGAUUAAGGGGGCCACCGAGCAGCAGCUUGUGAGCCUACGGAAGCUUCGCCAGGCGAAGGACCUUACGGUUGCACAGGUGCUUGAGUUGCAUGCGCGGCUGGAGUCCGGUGCUUUGCAUGCCUUCGACAGGGCAUUCCUUGCGUCUCUGCUGAUUAGACUGUAUGCAAGGGCAAGGCCGAGUGACCUCCUCUUCAUCGAGUCUGUGGAGGUAGACUGCCCUGCAGGCGCUGAGUACCCGCUGCUUGUUUUCGAGGUCUCCCAGCAUAAAGGUGCCCGGAAGGUUCAGCUGAAAUCUAGGUUGCUGCCAAUCCUGGUGCCCAUGAUAGGUGUGAAUGGCAAGUGCUGGGCUGGUGAAGCCAUCAGAGCCUUCGCUGAUGCAGGGAGGAGUUUGGCCUCGAUUCGAGGUCCGCUGACUCUCGCGCCCUCGGAUGAGUCGGGCACUGUUCACUCGAGGAGGUCGGUGUCGUCUGCAGAAGUAGGCCGUGCCCUUCGGGCUUUCCUGGGUGUGCCUGAGGAAAACCUUGACCCAGCCGUGCCCAGGGUUACUGCCUAUUCCUUGCGAGGGACUUGCUUGGGCUGGGGUGGCAAAUUCGGUUUUGAUGAGGACUUGAAAAGUGUCUUGGGGCGCCACUCUUCUUCGAUCAAGACGACGCAGGCUAUCUAUAGCCGAGAGCUUGCAGCAGCUCCGGCACGGAAGCUGCAGGAUAUGAUUCGUGAGAUUGCUGAGGGCAGGUUCUUUCCAGAUAACAGCCGCUCAAGCUACUUCCCGAGCCAGGCGAGACUUAAGACCCCUCCCGCGCGAGAGCAUGUCGGUAAGGCAGGCCUUAAGCAUCCGCCUGUCAAGAUAGAGAUUUCGAGCAGCGACGAGUCUUUGCCUGGUGAGCAGGAAUCGUCGGAGAGUGAGUCGACGGGGUCGACCUCUUCCUCGUCAGACGGUGGGGAGGCACCACCCGUGGUCAAGCGGUGGAGACGUGCCAAGGUGGAAGCUUCGGAUCAGGUGUGGUAUGUCCACACCGUCAGUGGGAUGCUGCAUCUCGUUGCAAGCCCUGAAGAUGUUCCAAUGAUGCUCGCAUGUGGGCGGCCUGUAAAUGCGAAUUACAGGAAAGCUACGAAGGAUGAGGUGGGUCUGAGCCGCGAGACCCUCAGAGCCUUCGCUGAUCAUGGCAUCGAUACAUUGAGCAAGCUUGCUUACUCGUGCGGGCAGCCAGGGACCCCUCUUCCCCAGACUGAGUUUGAUGAUUUCGUUGCAUCGUUGAUCCCGGCUGCCUUGCUGGGGGAGAAGGGAAGUGUCAAGCGGCUGCUGUUCGAAAGCCAGGCCCUGCUGCUGAAUGAUUUGCGAGAGCAGGUUACGCAGCCUGACAAGUGGUCGACAAAAGAUGUUCCCAUUGUUGAGCGUCAGAAAAGGAUGGAGGCUGUGAAGGCCAGCAUACCAGGGGUGGUCGUCGAAGGACCGCUUGAGCCCUCUCAUGGGCUCUUGAAUGCAGCCUGCAGGAUGGAGCGCGAGGGGCAGCUUCGCUACAUUGCUCCGGAGCAGUGUGGCAUCUGGAUGUACGAAAUUCAAAACGUAAAG